AUAAAAAAAGGGGGUCAGAAUUUCGUCCCAGCCCAGCAAACAGUUGCUGCGACCCGUCUAGCAGCAACUAUGAAUGAGAAAGACGAGAACGGAUGGUACCACAUCCAUCAUGCCGCCUUCCGAGGGUUCAUAAAAUCCAUCGAGAGGUUCGUCAAUGCCAAUAAAGACCAGUUGGAGUUGGAGACUGAAGAUGAGUAUCGCUCUACGCCAUUAUUACUGGCAGUGACCAAUGGAAACAAGGAGACGGUUGAGUGUCUCAUCUCCCUCGGUGCAAAGGUGAAUGCCAUCAACAACCAGAAUCAUGGUGUUGUGGAGCUGUCAGCAAACAAGCAUUUCAUUGAGAUUCUAGACUUCUUUCUGGAAAAGAACUUUGAGGAUCUUCCAGUUUGGAAACGUUUACUGAACUACCUAUCAUCGGAAGUUGAAGAUGAGGCCGAGUCGGCAGGGAAAUGUCUACGUACUCUUACUCAGGGGAGUUCCGAGGGAAUGCACCCCAACUGGAAGGCAGUGGUCGAUAACGGUGGCGUUCCAAUCAUUGUGAAGGUCAUAAAAAGUCAGAUUGGCGACAGAGCUAAGACAGAAGCAUUACACUGUCUGAUAAACCUCAUCCCUGAGGAUGUUGUUAAGGAACAGGUGGCGUCCUCUGGUGGCAUCCCAGCACUGGUUAGACUUUUGAAAUCGUCCAAUAAUUUCAUAGUGCAGUUGGCAGCUACGGUCCUCAAAGAGGUUUCUCGGAUCACGGAGCUGGCAGACCAGGCUGCCCAAGCAGGGGCAAUUCCCAACUUGGUCAAGGUCAUACAAACUGUCCGCGACCCCGAGGUUCUUGUGGAGUGUGUGUAUUGCUUGGGAUUUAUCGCUGAGGCGGGAGAGGCCCACCAAGGAACCAUAGGAAACACGUCAGGGUGCGUCCAAGCCCUGGUGGGACAUUUAGAAGAGGCGCAAAACCAGGAUCUACUCAUGGCUUUGACUAUCAGCAUCAGUAAGAUUGCUUGUAACAAUAAAAACAACCAGAACGCCAUUGUGGAGGAGGGUGGUGCCGCGCACAUCAUCACCCUCACUGGCCUCAAAAACAGAGACCUGCAGCUGUCGGCUGUUGAUGCCAUUAGGUAUUUAGCUGAGAAUAACAGCUCGACUCAGAAGACUAUCAAAGAGGAGGGCGCCUUGAUUCCUCUGAAUAACUUGCUCAAGAAAAGCCGAGCCGAGCGUGUUCAGGAGAAAACGGCGGCUGCCUUGUGGGCAGAGGCUGGAGACUAUAUUGAAGAGCAACGCUCCAUGGCUAGUAUUAUUGGCGUACAGACACUGAUUGAGUUCCUGAGCACAGGGUCAGAGAAGCUGCAUCUGAUUGGCUCAGAGGCCUUGGGGGUCUUAUCUCGCGGGGCAUUGAAUAAACAGACGGAAAUUGGCAAUGCCAAUGGCAUUCAUUCACUUGUGAGACUUCUCCGCUCAGAUAAAGAGCACAUAGUCCUGAGUGCUAUAAGGACUCUACGAUAUCUCUGUGUCGGUGUUGGCUACGUUCCCCAUUUGCCAAAUCAGAAUUCUCUUAGUCAGGCGCGGGGAAUCAAGUUUCUCGUAGCUUUGAUGGUUCAUCCAGAGAAUGAACUGAUAAAAGUUGAAGCUGCUCAAACAUUGGGUUGUGUAUGUCUGGGUAAUGAAGAAGUCAUGAAGGAAAUCCAGUCAAAUGUGGAAUUUAGCUACGUUCGUAUUCUACGCAUGAUGUAUUCUCAAGAUCCUCUGGUGCGGCUCUUGGCAGGAGCUGCGUUGGCGGCGUUUGCAUUCAACAGCGUGACUCAGCAGCGGGAAAUAGCAGAGCAAGGUGGCGUGAGGUUCAAUUGCUUCGAACCCUUCCUGGUCUCCGUGGAUGAGUUUUUCCGUUGUAAUGCAGCAUUUCAGGUUGUCGUUCUCUCUAGAAUCAUACCAGAUGAGGAGCAAGCUGUGUCGUCUGCCAAAGGCAUCAAACUACUGGUUGAUCUUAUACAGGAGUCUCAGAGUGAGACCAUACAGAGUUUGGCUGCAGAUUGCCUGGCAAGGCUGGCACACACUAGAGCAGGUGUCCCUGCAGCUAUUGUCUCAAUCCAUGCUGUAGAUUUACUAUGUAACCUGAUGUUGGUGGAUGCAGAGUUGGUCCAGGGGUGCGCCGCUGUUGCUCUAGGGUACCUGUCUCAUAACCAUGAUGCUGAACGACAAUUACUGAACAGGUGUCGCAAGGACCCUUACUUGAUGAAAGCCCUGAAGUAUUACUGCAGCAAAGCCAGGUUGUCACCCUCCUUCAUUGAGGGCUGGCACCACUACAAGACUGUAGGACUGCCACCUAUUGAAGAGGGACGCCCCAGUCUUGUCUCUACACGGAAUCUCUACGUCCCAGAGAAGGCCUCGGGACGCCCCAUGACCAUGCUGAGUGGAGAGGUCGGGUCCAGCUCCAACCCCCACAGCUCACCCUCUCACUUCCUCAGCCAGCAAGAAGACAGUCGUACUAACUUGACAGGGAGAUCAUCGCGGGCGUCCAGGGCCAGCCACGCAGUCUCGUUCCGUAACCAUUCGGGACACAGGUCUCAGAUGAGCAAUGCAGCAGAGGCGUGA